CCCCUUCCUCGUCUUAUCAGUGUGGUAGAGAGAGCAAGAGAGUGGAUCAGUAGGAGAGCGGACAAAGUGUUAUCAACUGUUACAGUGGAGAUGGGGGAAGCAAAGAGGGGAAACAUACCCCGCUAGAGAGAAGAGGAUUGAACUAAAAGAGAAGGCAGACGUAGUUAUUCCCAAUGCUCAACAAAAUAAGAGAGACAGAUGUUACAGGCAGUGACAAAGUCAAAGAAAGGGAAGCAAGAAAUCCGAAAGUAUACGGACCAAAGAGUCAGUCUGUUUGCUGUGAGUAUUGAGUGCCUGUUCCUGGAACAGGGUGGGACCAUCUCUAGGAAGACUCAACUUCAACCACCACAUCGACGACCAUGUACAGUGGAUAUGGAGGUCUAAAGAAGAGGUCACUUUAGCUGCAACACUGUUUACCCCUGAGACUCCUAAAGUGUUUUGAGGACUCAAACACUUCACCCACCCCUCCAACAUCAUAGUGGGAGUCCUUCCCGAACUCUCUCAACCAUGUCCCUGUCCGUUCGCCCAGUCAGACGCCUCACCUCCAGAUCCAUCACUAGGAGCCAGAGUUUUACUGGAGUCAACAACUACGACAAGCCCUACAGGAACCUCUCGGUGUUCAGCACCCCAGGUCUUGGUAGAAAGCCCAGCAGAGCCAGCAGGAUGUUCACUAUGUCCUCCAAGUCUAACCCACCACCAAAAGUUCCACAACCAGAGCGACUGGAUCAGGUCUAUGAGGCACUGAGGAAAGGCCUUCAGUCUUACCUGCAUGUUCAUCAGAUGGACUUGGACAACCUCAGUAGACAAAUGAAAGAAUCAAAGAGGAACUCCAGACUGGGUUUCCUGUAUGAACUAGACAAGCAAGUGAAGGUGACUGAGAGGUACAUAAGACGACUGGAGUUUCACCUCAGUAAGAUCGAGGAGUUAUAUGAAGCCUACUGCCUGCAGAGGAGACUCCGGGACGGAGCCAACAAGAUGGUCAAGGCGUACAAUGCCUCUCUAGGCAGUAAGGAGGCAAGGGAGAGCUUAACAGAAGCCAACAAAGGCUACAAAGAGUACACUGAGAACAUGUGUGUGUUAGAGAGUGAGUUGGAGAAUCAGCUGGGGGAGUUCCACAUUAAGAUGAAAGGUCUGGCUGGAUUUGCCAGAUUAUGUGCUGGUGACCAGUACGAAAUCUUUAUGAGGUACGGUCGGCAGCGGUGGAAGCUCCGAGGCAAAAUAGAGAUCAAUUCCAAGCAGGUGUGGGACAGUGAAGAGAUGGUGCUUCUGCCGCUCGUCAAUGACUUCCUCUCUGUAAAGGUGACAGAGCUGAAGAGCCUAGCCAAUCACGUGGUUGUGGGAAGUGUUUCCUGUGAGACUAAGGAUCUGUUUGCUGCACUGUCACAGACAGUUGCUGUAGAUAUCAAUGACCUUGGAACUGUUAAGCUAAGCCUUGAAGUCACCUGGAAUCCUUUUGAUAAAGAUGAUCAGGGGUCGAUGGCGAGCUCUGUCAACAAGGCCCCGACCGUCAGUAAGAGAUUCUCAACAAUCUUCAACCAGAGUCCCCCUGACACGCCGUCCUUACGUGAACAAGCCUUUUAUAACAUGCUGCGUCGUCAUGAAGAGUUAGAGAAUGGAACAGCGUGGUCAAAUUCUUCUGAAUCCUCUGAUGACUCCUCUAGUCCUCAGCUAUCUGCAGGAGGUCCACGCAACGCGACACAUCAUGAGGCACUGGUGGUGACACCAGAGAUUCAGCCAACUGCAACAGAAAGAUCCUCCCCUCCACCUGACAUCUCAUUCAGCCUCAGAGACUCUUCCUCCCAAGCUCCAAAAUCCACCUAUAUGGUAUGCUCCGUCAGUGAGGUUGCCAACACCACCCAUCACCAAACAGAGAGCAACAGAGAAGAAGACAAGGGGACAGCCACUGUGAUGAGAAAACCUGACAGUGAAGAAGAGGAUGCAGGGAAACAGUCUCCCACUGCAACAGAGGAUGGGUUGGUGACCAAUAGCCAUGCCUCACGCAGUUACUCGCGCUCUCUGAGCCACAUUAGUGAAAGCAGCUCCGAUGCUGGGGGAUCAGGGGAGGAGAUUUCUUUGGCCUCUGGGAUCUCUAUCAAUGACAUUGAAACGGAGCUGCCCAGCAGAUUUCAUGAGUUACCUAGCUCUGCUGCCACAGACACUGACAUGUCACAGAGGAGGCUUGAUGUCGUUGAAGAAAUCACAACAGUGAAUGAUGUCCCAGAUCAACAUCCAAUCAGGUUGCCACAGGAUACAUCCAACUGUGUCCUCACAUCAUUCUACCCUAGGACUGAAGGAAUUAACUCUAGCCCUCCAUCAAAAAUGAACACACUCCCACACCUUGAGUGCAACAUAGUCCCAGAGAGCGUGGAUGCGACAUAUUUAGCCCGGCGGGUGUCGGUGGAGGAGGAGAUGCCAUGUGCAGAUGCAGAUUGUCUGUCCAGAGAGGGUGAUGGUCCAGUGGACUGCGGGCUAGAGGAUGCCCUGGCAGUUGUAGUUUCCUCUCUGGAUGAUUACAGGGGACAGUUCCCUGAGUUACAACUACUGGAGCAAGAGCUGAAGCUGCUGCAGGUUACACUGAAGGGUGGAAGGCACAGCCGUUCACCCAGUGUGGUUAGCCUCACAGUGGAAACAGCUCUGGGCAGCUUUGAUUUCCUCAACAUGUCUGACUGGGAGGAAGAUGAGGAGGAAAGGAGUGACAAGAGGAGCAGAAAUGGCAGGUCUCUGCAGGACAGAGGCUGGGACAGCCCCUCCUCCCCCACCAUCCCCCUCACUACAGGCUGCACUACUCUAGACAGCUCCCUAGUGGUCCACUUGAAGAACUGCAAUGCACAGUUGCUGCGUCUGGGUACGUUUGGGCCUCUGCGCUGUGGAGAAAUGUAUGCCUUAGACCGACUGCUGCGAGAGGCUCGAGUGCUUGAAAACAUCCGUCGUAUCACCAAGGACAACCCGAGACACCUCAGACAGCCCGAUGAAGUGAUACCUCAGUUAGGCCUGUGCCUGGGUGCUGUGUCACUAUGGCAAAAGUGUGUGGGGCAGGGAAGCAAGUACAGCGUCUCUGCUGAGGACCUCCUGGAUACGUUGUCUACAGCCUUCUCCAGCAUACUGCCAGAGAUGGUCAGCAGCAUGGCUGACAAAGUGUUCCUGUGUCUGAUUGAGCGAGUGCUGGAUCAGAGGUUACCACGGCGAGGCAGCAGCAGAGAUGGAGUGAUGGUGACGUUGUUCCAGCUCUGGAGUUACGUAGAGGCUAACUUCGUCAGUGACAUGAAAACACACAUCACUGAACUGGCAGAAGAGGUGUGGUUGGUGCAGAGGCUGGCAUCGUCUGACCUGGACGUGAUCGUUCACACUUUGCGGCGUCCUGCAGAGUGUAGCUUGAGAAGAGAAGGACUUCAUGCUGUGGCAAAGUUACUGAAAGACCCACGAGGCAAAGUGUCAGCAUCUGCCAGCUCUGUACUGAGAAGCCUGGCUGCCCAGCCAAGACAGAGAGAACAGGCUUUGGUCAGCUGUCUGGAGCUGCUUGAGGAUGUGAAAGUGGACACCAGAGUGUGUGGAUGCAAGGCCUUAGCUUGUCUGAAGGCUAAAGAAAGUAUCGACCAGUUAGUGUAUCUUUGUCGGACAGACAAGGAGGAAGUCCGAGAUGCUGCCAAACAAACCCUGCUCGUCCUCGGAGAGGAGGGGAAGAUGGCCCACAGACAUGUGGAGACGUCUCAGGACAGUAUACCAAGACUCUUCGCUCCAGGAAGCAUGGCCAGCACAGCGUUCUAACACACACACACACACACACACACACACAAACACAUAUCUACCCCAUUACUAACACUGGAAGAUCAAAAGACAAAUACAAUUUGAUAUACAGUAUAUACACUGACAGAGAGGAGCCAUUUCCAAAUUAAGAAUGACACCUCUGCUUAACACUGGGCAAAGAUUCACGUAAGCUACAAAUGCAUCGCUGUAUUUUAUAUCAGCCUGUGAUAAAUACUCAAAGAACAUUGGUUAGACUGUAAAGAUGCUGGGAAGGAUGAAUAGUGUGAGCAAACUGGACAGGAGGGAUGGGUGAAGAGAGGAGCAGAAGAAUGAAAUUGAUAUGAGAACAGGGAAUAAUGUGUCUGCAUUGUUUAAAAUCAUAUUCAACUCAGAUUACUGGGCAAUGUCUUUCCACCACUGUAAUGUUCAUGGUCCAGACACACAUAUAUAUAUAUAUACUCUUUUGAAAUAUGUCAAGAAAAGACAACUUUAUAAAGCUUUAUCAGAUAAUUACUCUUUUCACAGCUUUCAAAUGCCAAAAUAAAUAUUUAGUUUCUUGUUAUUUGUGAUAUGAAAGUUGUAUUAGUUUUACUUUUUUGAUAACUUUUGAUUGGUUACAUGGUGAACCAGCAGGCAUACACAGAAAUAAUAUUCAAUUCUAGCUCUGCAUAAAACUACUUUAAGCCUACACUGCCGUGUUUACUUAAGAACUGGAGGCUGUUUGUACUGUGCUGCUCCAGAUAAACCGUUUGGUCUGUGACAUGUCUGCAAACUCAACAUUAAUGACACUAAAAAAGGCUUUACCAUACAGCUCAGCCUUCACUGUAGCCAACAGCUCUACCUAUGCUUGUUGUUUUCAAGUUUUGCCAGAUGGCUGUGGAGACCUCUCUGGUUGUAAUCAAGAUCACUUAAGACCGCCUCAGUCGAACGAUGUGCUGGUUUUGAGACAGAGUCAAGGGACUGAUAUAGCUCAAUUUAAAUGGAGACCCCCAAAAGCUUAUUUAGUCUAUAGUAAGCUUUUAACUACUGGAUAUAAACUUAGUUGUCUAAAAUGAGGACACUUGGUUGUUAUGUGGAAAAGACACUGUGGGAGAUAAACUUGUCAUUGACAUUGUAGAGCAGUUAAGGUGGCAGCAGGACUGCAGGCUGCUGUGAGGCAAGAACAAUCAAAACACAUGCACGACUGAGACAACUGGGAGUAUGUGUCAAGACCAGUUCUACAGCAGUGACUUGCAACCUUGUUCAGAGGAAAUCAUCGUCCUCAAGCCUUAUCAUGAGUGUAUAUAAAUAGUGACUAUAAAUGUAUCAUUAUAUUCUCAAAACAAAGACAUGAACUGAAGGUCCACAGGGACAGAGAUAUCACUAUGGAGUUUUGGAUUCAAAAACAGGUUCAGAAACAGUUACUGUUUGCUGUAAUUCGUCUCCCUAUCUGUUAUGGAUGUGACAUAAGUGGCAUUACUGCACUUAAACAAACCAGAUGGCAUAACAUAUUGUGUCACUAACUGGCCUCACCCAUAGCAGGAGAUUAAAAGACUACCUCCCUGACCCCACUCUAAGAACUCUGUUCUGGGUCUGUAGUUUCGACACGUGAAAAGUACAGAAAGGGAUACUGUUGCUCACUUUCAGUCAGAAUUGCAUUGUGUUUGCUAAUACAGAAAGUGACAGACAAGGUGGAUAGAAAAAUUAAAACCCUGCUUACUUCCACUCAUCCUCAAACCUGGCUAGUCUCUGCAUGAAGGUGGUGUUAUGGGUAUUCAGUGGCUACGGUGGUUUCAAAUGCCGAAAAACUUUGCAAGGCACACUGAUGCCCCAAGAGAUAAAAACGUCCAGUCCUUGUGCAAAAAUACAUGCCUCAGUGAACAUGAGGUUAGCAGCCUUCCCUCUGGUAGCACAGCAAAGACUCUUAUUUUACUGCAUCGAAAAGAGUUACAGGAAAACACAGGAUACACUAGAUGCCGAUUGCAAGAAAGAUAAUCCAUGUCCCACAUCUGCUAACACAACAGAUUAAGAAGAGAAUGACUCACACUGUAGUUCUGUAUAAAAAGCUUGAGACUGUUUCUGCACAAAGAAUGGUUUAAACAUUACAGCGCCAUUGCGCUUUACAAUUAUCACAUACCUAUUCUGAAUGAAAAUACAUGACUAUAUGCCACUGGGAUUUAUUCCAUUGUGAUUGUAAACUGUUUUUAUUUACCAGAGUCUUCUUUUGUAAAUUAAUACUUGUUGUAUGCGAUGCUGUUAAAAAUGAUGAUCGACAUGAAUUCACUGUCACUGUCAGUGGCACUACCACUGACAUAUACCUACUGUAAAUGAGGCUGCAAUCUGUCUGGAGUCACUGUAUUACUGUGACAGACUGCUGUGGGUAAUCUGUUGUUUGAGAAGGUAAAUAUGGAUCACCAGGAGAGGUUUAUUCAAGUCCAGGAGGACUUCCAUUUAAAGUCAGGUCAAUAAAAGCUGAAGCUCAAACAGUUAUUCAUUGAUUGUAUUUCAAGUAAACUGGUACCAGACACAGAUCAUUAUAUUUAAUGGCCAUACCAGUUUAAUUUCCCUUUUCUUUUCUUUUCUUUUUUUUUUUUUACAAUUUAGCAAAUAUUACAUCCUAAAAUCAUUACAAUGAUGCUUAACAUUUCACAGUAAAUACACUAGUCAUCAAACAAAAAAAAACUGAAGAUCAAAUUUUGUCAUUUUAGAACUCAAUGUGAUCACAUCUGUAAUUUACCUGAGUAACUAAUAUCUGCAGUUAUGUACUGAUGACUUCAUAAUUACAAUAUAGGUCUGUCAUAAUUGUUAACAAUUAUCUAAUUAUUGUGUGUUGUGUUGUCCUCACAAUGACUUGCUGGUGUGAUGGCUAAAGCUUGUUUCCAUUCAAAAGAACACAUGUAGCUCAUUGUUAGAUUUUUUAAUCUGACCCUCGGGCAGUCACACAAUAUUUUUUAAGAAUACGAUUGUCUAAAUUACAAUAUCAAAACAGAGCAGAAGGUAACGGUGCCAUGAGGGAUUAUCAAAUAUAAAUAGGUCAAGAAUGUGGAUUUUGGUCCAUGGUAAAAAUAAAAAGAACAAAGUUACAGAAUGUGAUGUUUAGUAAAUGUUUAAAAAAAAAAGAUAGAAACACACCGAUAUCAUUAUAUUUACGGUGGCAUUAACAAUUGAAGCAUCGUAACUUGUUUUUCUGAUAGUCCAAUAGGUUACCCACUCUGAGUUUGACGUGUAAAAAUGGCAAAAUGUCCAGCCCUGUGACUCCAGUUGUUCUGUUUCUUGUAAUCCUCUUUCUUUGGUUUCACAGUGACAGUGCUGACAGUGAUGCUGCCAUUCUGCCUUUUCUUAUUUCCUGAACACCGUUACUGUAAGGUCAUCUCAGAAAGACCACUGGUGAUAUCAUUACUACAGUGGUAGUAUAUAGACGUGUCCUGGUUGCAUGCUGUGUACUAGUUCUAUGGUGUAAAGAUGAUAUAUUUAUGUUGACUGUGCAUUGUUCUGCCAGUUAAAGAUAAAGCAAGAUAAAUUAAAGCAAAUUAUAUGUAGGCUAAUUCCUAAUCCAUUAAAUAUAAUCUAAGAAAUAGUCAAUGGAUCCAUGCAAAAUAGUUUAUUCUGAUGAAUUGUAAUAUCUCAGGUGACACAGGAGCCACUUUGAUAUGUUGCUAAACUUACGGUAAAACAAAACAUUUCAUUAGCUUCCGCUGUUAGCAUGCUGCCACACCAAGUUGGUGAACAACAUUCUAACUUUGUGAACAUGUUAGCAUCAUGAUUUUAGCAUUUAACUCAAAGCUCAACUGUACAACUUCAGAGUCACCAGCACACUCCUUUUUUUACCGUGGUGUUAAGUUUUCAUAUAAUUUUUUCUUCUUUUCUUUCUGUGUAACAACAGAAUAAUUCUGACUGAAGACAAGUUUUAAUGUAACCCAAAUUGUAAACAUUACAAUGUUUUACAUUCUAAAUGUUUCAAACGGGAGUUGGAUUCAGUGUAGUGUAUGCAAACUGGACAAGUCUUUGGCCUUCAAGCAGGUCCUUAUGUUCAAUGUGCCAAACCUUAGUUAGAUGGUGUCAGAAACACUGCAGUGUACAGAUGUUCAUCCUUACACUGUGCUUGUAAGGAUGAAAUCAAUCAUCUAUAACAGAGGAUAGGGACAUGUCUUAAAAUAUGUUCAGUGAAAUCUGAGCUUAAAGUCAGAAUCCUUAGAUUCCUGAAUAGGUUUUAAAUCAUCAGAAUUUGAAAGGAAACACCUUGCAAAGUAGACACCUUGAAAGCAUUUAAGAUUUCAAACUGUGUACCUCUAUGAAUUAUUUUUUACACAUCCUUAAUCCUCUUGUAUGCAGUACAAAUGCAUUUUUUUUAAAGCAAUAAUGAAUCAUUGUUUUGUUGUCUCCCUAAAAAACAAACAGAUAUUCAUAUAUUAUUUUCAGUUAGAGGGAAGAUGAUCAGACAAUAUUACUUUUUUAAUACAACAUAUUACAAGCGACUGCAAUGUCAGAGAUGAUAAUAUAGGUCUGGUGUCAUGGGGGACUCUGACACAAUGUUUGUAAAUAUGAUUGCUACCACUGUAUGCAAUGUAUUAACCACAAGAUUAUAUAGGACAGAAGCAAUCUGCAGCUAUAUCUCUGCAUCCAUAAAGCAUUUUGCAGUGUUUAAGUGCCUCAAGGUUUGAGAGUAGCAGAGAUUUAAAAUGACAGAGAUGAAAAAUAAAAUAGAUCCUUUAUUUAAGAAUGAAGACGGUGAGAAGCUUGAGAAAAAUGCUGUAGUAUAUAUUGUACACUGCUGCAUAUAUAGGUUUUACAUAUGCUAGUGUUUUGUUUUUGUUUUUUCUUCCACAAGCUUGUUCAAUUGUGCAGCAUUUGACUGGAGAUGUUCUAAUAUUCUUUUCUUUUUUCUAAAAAAUAAAGUGUCCAGGUAUGCUGGUGUCAAAUAUACAAUCUAUUAAACAUGUGUUCAAAAAUA